UCAAUGUCUCACCACUAAGUCCAGAACCACAUCCUGGUAAUCACAGCACACAAAGUCACCGUAGUUAAACAUAUCUUCAAGCAUAGAUGUCUUUCAUUUGCCACAACCCAUUGCAAUUAAGAGCUCCCACAAAAUGUAUUUUUGCCCCCGUCUAAGCAGAAUACUCUCUGGUGUUCUAGCCAACGCGAUAUGCCAUGAUUCCUGAAGCAGAGCUGCAGAAGAGGGUAAGCUGACCUAUGUCGAGAAGCAUCUUGGGGACGCCAUCGUUGGGGAGAGCAAGCAGCUCCAGCGCCCUCUCGGAAAUCCUAGACUGAAAGAAGGUAUGUCACUUCGGGUCAGCACAGCGAAAUCGGCAAAGCUCAAAUCAAACUGGGGGAGGCGCUUCGCUUGCUCACCUGGAUUUCGAUGAUACGAGAGGAGGUGGUGUACUUGCGGGCCUCCGACUCGUUGUAGAACACAUCCGGCGGCGCCUGGAACUCCGGCCGAGGCAUCUCACUCUCUUCCGAGUUGCCCCUCUCCUCAGAUUCUCCCUUUGCAGGCACAAACACCGCCGCCGCCGCCGCCGCCGAGGUGGGUUGUUCUUGGUUCGGUGUGCUCGCGCGCCGCAAUGCCGCUGGCUAUCGAGGGGUCUCUCACGCGGUCGCGGAGAUGAUUGCUUAUUGGGCUGUUAGCGGGCCACGCGGGGCAUUUACAUGGGUCUGAAAACAGCCGGCCCAGUAAAGCGUGGUCAUUAUAAAUUCUCCCACCCAUCUAGGUCAUCGUUCGGAGCAGCCGCCGCCGCCACCGCCACCGCCGCAACAGCUCGAGUCGCUCGUCAGAUCCUCCGAGCACCACAGCUCCGGCUCCGCCCCCGUCGCCAUGGGUAAGGUUCACGGAUCGUUGGCCCGCGCUGGGAAGGUGCGUGGGCAGACGCCCAAGGUGGCGAAGCAGGACAAGAAGAAGAAGCCCCGCGGCCGCGCGCACAAGCGCAUGCAGUACAACCGCCGCUUCGUGACCGCCGUCGUCGGCUUCGGCAAGAAGCGCGGCCCCAACUCCUCGGAGAAGUAGAUCUAGCUAUGGCUUGUGUUUUUGUUCCCCACUAGUUUCUUUGUACUGAUCGCAAGUUGAAGACUUGUGCUAUUAUCUGUAUCGAUGUUACUGCAAUACUAUCAAGUAUGAUGCUGUUACUGCAAUACUAUCAAGUAUGAUAUGCAUCGUUUAGUUGAUCAA